AUGUUUAGAAUUUUAAGCACGUCUGCCUUCUUGACGGUAACUAGAAGUUUUCUUUUAACGGUUUCCGCUGGUCUUCACUCUUCAUCAACCAAAAUUUGGUACACUUUCAAGGGUACCGUGUGGAACCCUUCCACACAACCCCUUCCUCCUACUCUUAAUUAUUACGCAAUUCCCAUGGUAGCAAUCUAUUCCUCUGAUUUUAUUCCUCUAUUGUUAGAGUACAUUAAGACAAUCCUUUCUAGUUCUUCACAUACUUCUCCUGUGUUCAAUUUUAUCAUCGAAGCCCAGCUUAAAGCUGGUGCAAUACGGACCGUAGGUCAUGGUCUUAGAGUGGAUUCUUCUACCAACUUUGAGGAGCUUGAACACCUUAUAACUGGGUAUAUUGAGGGCUUCGAAACUCAGUCAGGUACUCCCGAAGAGCGUCAGCCUGAGGAAGUAGUUUCAUCACUUGUUAAGGUCUUUGAUCGUUCUAAUGCUCCUAAUGUAAACUGGGAAAAUCCUCUUGAACUUCCAAAAGGCUUCAAAGAGCCGGAAGCUCCUAAAACUCGUCCUUCUCGUAAAAAUACUGAGGAGAAAUUAUCCGUAAUUAACUCUCAAAUCAACACUCUUCAGACAACUAUUUUAACUUCACAAGCCGAAUCAACUAAACAAAUAGUAGAGGCUAUCAAAUCAAAUCAAUCAUCCCCUAAUCCUUCCCUUUUGAGU